AUGUCCAACCAGCGCUGGGACUCGUUGCCGGCGGGCCUGCCGUGUGUGACUGGGUGCGUGGGGGAUGUGAAGAAGGAUGCCGAGGGCAAGUGGAUGAAGCCGUGCGUGCUAUGUCCGGCGCAUCUCGGCUGGCACGCCAAGGUGCUGCAGGCGCGCGACGCAUGCGUCCCAGCUAGCGAGCUGCACAGCCCAGUCUUUUCGACGGUGGCGCGAUUCGAAAAUGAGGAGCAGGGGUACAUGUACGAUGCAUCGCUGCCUUUCGAGGUGAACGGCAGGAAGCUGCGCCCCCCUCCGCGGGGAGUGUGGUUUGCGGUGACGGGCAAAGGCUACGCUGCUCACGCUUGGGCGUCGGCGGCGGGCGUGACACAUAAAUCCGCCAUCACCCCCCAGUUGCCCAUGGUGUUGUCGGCGCUGCCCAUUUUCGCGCUGUCGCUCUACGCGCGCUGGCAGCCGCUCCGCCCGGCCGCUGCGCGCUCGCCUCAAUGCACGAUGCUCGACCACGAGGGCUGGAUGCAGUACGCGGUGCAGCUGUCCGAGCGCGGGCGGCUGAGCACAGCGCCCAACCCGUGGGUCGGCUGCGUCAUCGUCGGCGGCGACGGCGGCGUGCUCGCCGAGGGCUUCCACGAGCGCAAGGGCGGCCCGCACGCUGAGGCCGCCGCGCUGGCCGCCGCGCGCUCGCGCGGCAUCACGUCCGAGCAGAUGGCGGAGGCGUGCUGCUACGUGACGCUCGAGCCGUGCCACCGCGGGCCGGGCAAGACGACGCCACCGUGCGACGAGGCGCUCGUCGCGAGCGGGCUGCGCGAGAUCCACAUCGCGGUCCUCGACCCCGACCCGGCCUUUGGCGGCGGCGCGGCGCACCUGCGUGAGAACGGGAUCUGCGUCGGCACGGGCGCGAAGGCGGUGCUCGCCUCGCUGCGGCCGUACCUCCACCAGCGCCGCUGCAAGGCUCCGUACGUCGUCCUCAAGGUGGCCAGCACGCUCGACGGCGCAAUCGGCUGCGAGGACGGCACCUCGCAGUGGAUCACGGGUCCCAAGGCGAGGAGGCACGCGCAGCUACUGCGCGCGUCCUCCCAGGCGAUUCUGGUCGGGUCGGGGACUGCGGUGGUGGACGAGCCACGUCUCACGCUGCGGCUCGAGGACGAGGGGCUCCUCCCUCCCGGCUGGGCUGCACCGCCGAAGCCGCCGGCGCUCUCGCGCUGGUCCGAUGCGGGCGUCGACGUGUGCGUGGUCGGCGCUGGGCGGGGCGGGGGCGUCUGCCUCGAGGAGGUGUUGCUCGAGCUCGGGUCGCGGGGCACGCUGCAGCUGGCGCCGAGAGUGCUGCAGCUGAUGGUCGAGGGCGGCGGCGCCGUCAUCGGCGGCUUUCUGGCCGAGGGCACCGCGAAGCUGGCUAGCGGCUCUGCUUGCGGCGGCGCCGCGCAGCAGCUGCAGCUCUAUCUCGGGGCGACGGCGUUGGGCUCGACAGCGCAGCGCUGGAUCAAGGCGCCGCUCGCUUCGACCAAGGCAGUGACUCACAUUUGUCUACUCACGCGAAGGGCGCGCCACGCGACGCUCCUCUCGACCGAGGUUCUCGGAGACGACGUCUGCCUCUGCUACGCGCUCGGAGAGGGGGAGGUGGGGGGGGAGGUGGCGGCGAGCGGAGAGUGACGACGGCGCGGAGGCGUGUGACAGGCGGAGUUACAUUACAUGACUGGUUCCCACGCUCUGAAAGUGGCGAACCCUGCG